GCAGCCGUGCGGACGCCAUUUUUCUGCUGUCUACUUCGGAGCACGGAAAUAUCGCCAUGUUUGGGAAAAUGGGGCGUCAGCCUCCUCCACGAAAUCCGUCAAAUGCUGCAGCGGCCACUCGAGCCACUGCUCAGGCAUCUGGCAGCCCCGCUGCAAGGAUAUCGUGCAGUCCCACUGCACCGGGCAGUCCUGGAACUACGAUGCCCGGCAGAACGUCUCCAGCUGCUGUCGGAAGCCCCGAGAGAAUGACAGCCAGAACACCAACCGCACAGAGGUUACACGGAGCAGGUACGCCCAGCAGAGGAGGAGCAAGGAAUACCGGCAGUCCCGGAACUAGAACUUCCGUUAGGCUGGCUACCGCAACCGACAACCCCAGAGUAAGGACACCCAGCCAACGAGCUACACCGAAUAUUCCCGGCUCCAGAACUCCACCCGCCGCAACGGGCAGUCCCGGAACUAAAACACCAGCAUCUGCAGCUGAAAGUUCCAAAGCCAGAACCCCAGCUUCUUCAACGGGCAGUCCAGGGUCUAGAUGUCCGAGCCGAGCGGCGUUGAGGGUCAGCCCACGAGCGCGGUCACCAGGCAGAGCGGACAUUCCAGUCAAGACCAAAACUAAGACACCCUCCCAACCGCCUGUGUCGGAUAGCCCCGGUCAGCUCGUUAGCAAGGCAGUGAAGCCUCCUGGAACUGCGGGACGACCUGCAAGCUCCAACAGAGAUGCAGCCAUUGCGGCUAUCAUCUUAGCGUCCGGAGCCAGCACAGCAUUCAUAUCUGACGGUAGUUCACCUCCGAGAGCCAGCUCGCCGCCCGUGAGGUUCCAGGAAGCCAAAGCACCGAAUGUGAGAUUGGGACCUCCAAAGGUGUCGGCAACGAGCACCAACGCCACCGAGACCGCGGCCGCAUUUGAAGCCAGCGAAGGAAGGGACACGGCUGGCACCACAUUGGGUGUGACCACGGGUGCGACCACGGGCGCGACCACCGCGGCCACAACGCUCGAACCCGCGACGUUCGCCGACACCAGCGCCAGGAUGCCACCCUAUUCGUCGCCUCGAUGUGCGGCUGAAGGGCAGUGGCAGAAGCCCCUGCAACGUACUGGUGCCUAGUUAGGGAGAACACAUCAUUUGGUGCCCUGGAGCUGAGCGCUGGCGUCAGGCGGCGAGCGCCUGCGGAUGCAGCCUUAUGCGGGCGAAGAGCUUCCUUCUUUUGCUGGCCUGCAUUGUGGUGACCAGCACCCUCAUUUGCCUCUAUGGGGAUCCAAAACCCGCCCUGGACGGGCUCGUCUCAGAGACCCACCGGCAGCUCAGCAACCUCAAAAACCUCAAGGUUGUUCCUGAGCAGCGUGAUCCUCAGGAGCUCGAGCGGUACCUGUUGCACCUGGGGCUGUCUCCAGCCACGCCUUCAGAGGGGGGCCCCUCCUCAGCUGCCCUCAUGGCGAACGAGAGUGUUCCACUACCACCUGUUGUAGGCACCGCCAUGGGUGUCGACCAGCUGGGACGGCUGCCAGGCUUCCUCGAGGCCUGCCAGGCACACUUCCCUGACCACUCUGUAGUUGUCUAUGCUCUGGACUUUGGCACUGCUGAGCUGCUCACAGCACAAAACAUGUGUAACUCUAGUAACUGCACCUUGCGCACACUCAACUUUGACUUCUACCCACCUCAUGUCAGCAACCUCAAAAUUUAUGCCUACCGGCCAAUCAUAAUUCAGGAGCUGGUUCGCGAGUCUGGUGGCGUGCUGUGGGUGGAGCCGGACUACCAGCUGACGAGCGCACCCGACCCACGCCGGGUGGUGGGCCGGGCACUGCGCGAGGGGCUGGCUGCGCCCUGGGCCUCCCAGCCACAACCCACCUCGGCCCUCACCCACCUGGGCAUGUUUGAGUUCCUUAGAGCGCCCCGUGAGCACUUCUUCUUCCAGCGCAUGGUUGAUCCCUCCGUGCUUCUUCUGUUCGACUCACCGCAGGUGCGGGGUCGGCUGAUGCUGCCGUGGGUGCGGUGCGCCCUGGUGGCAGACUGCAUCACUCCCGUGGGGGCCCAGAGUACGGGCUGUCGCUUUGACAAGAAACCUCUCUACCGGUAUUCCGGAUGCCAUAGGUAUGAUGUAUCGGCUUUAAACAUUAUCCUGGGCCUGCUCUACGAGAACAAUCGGCAGCCGUACGUCUUUCAAGACGAGGACCAUUUCUUCCGGAGGAUCGUGGACGGCAGUGACAUGCCACUGUCGGGUCAGCCCGAGGCCAACAGCACGGCCAACCGCUCGACCACCUGAUGAUGGCGGCACACUCGUCCUCCAGGCACUGGAAAAUUUUGCGCACACCUUGCUGCUGCUGCUGCCUCUGCUGCCACGACAAAUUCUGGCACAGAUGGCAGUCCUCCUCAGCUUGUGCGUGCAACUGCUGUUGCCCGCUUUUUAGCCAGCACCGAGUUUGUCUUCUCCAGUUGUUUCUUCCAUAUUGCUGAGGCGCUGGAAAACGCAUGCAGGAUAGAGCAUUCGAAUCAAAUUCUAAGGAUGCACAUGGCAAUCGAUGUGGGUUGAGGCUAGCGUUGAGAAAAGAUAGUAUACAGAGUAAAGUGGUUGCGCCAUUCUGUGCCCCCCCCCCCCCACAUUGGUUGUCAUGGGUCAAGAGGUGACCUAACAGUGCUUCACCAGUGAAAUUUUAUUGUUUACUCUUAUGGCUUCCAUUGUCAGACUGAGUAGGAGCUUGCUCGAUCGCAUUGAGGCAAACUUGCAACAGUUGUCCUGCAUCCACUUCUCCGUUUGCUGGCUGUCACACGUUGUUUUGACAGGUGAUGUAUGGCUGUGUGCCUAAGAUGCACACUCAUUGAAUGGUAAGUGUGCUCACCAUCAGCCCCGAGGUAAUGCACACGGGCCAGGUGCCUGCACUGGCCAAAUUAGGAAUUGGGACGUUUUGAAAAUGUCACGUCAGUCUCCCCAACUCCCCAAUUGAUAUAAGCCUUCGCUUACAUCAAUUCCGUGCACUUUGGGAGAAGUACGUGCUUUAGCUGUUUUAGAAAACGUUAUUCAAAUUGGGGUCAAAAUCUAUAAUCCAGGUGCUGCUUUUGCAUGGAUUUCUUUUUGUUCAGCAAGGAAAUUUCGCGAGCUGCUGUGUUCUUGCAGCUGGAUGCUCCACGAGCAGAUCUGGUGAUGGACACAUUUGCCGCUGCCCAAAUCUUUUAUUUUUGUUGCAUGUAGUGCGAGUCUUCUUGCUUUAUUUCGCAGCUCAAGAACAAUAUGCCUAGCACGGACAAUAUGCUGUUUAGCGUUGUAAGCCCCUCUCGAGACAGAUGGAGCGUGCUGUGGUUUGUUUUCGUUUCUGUUGAAGUUUGAACAUGCCGUUGUUAUUGUUCUAAAAGAAAAGUCUUCUUGGCUUUCUAUCUGUGUGCCAACGCUAAAGUCGCAUGUGGUGACUGCCACCAUUACUUUCAGCACCACCAGAUUGCACAAGAGCUGAAUGCAUGCUUGCAUUACCAGUGCUAAUUGGUGCACUAUGGUAAUGCUUUAACCGGGAAAUGAAGGCCAUCAGAAGCUCUGAGAACCGGGCAUGACUGAGCAGUUACAAAGAACAAAACGCUACUGAGCACUUCCAUUUAAACUACCAUUUCAUAUGUUUGCAGCUAACUAGGUUCUUACCAAUUACAUCCAGAUUGGUUGUACCUGGACGAGUCUUUCAUAAAAGCGGCUUCGUUCAUUGUUUCGGUGAACCUGACAUCAUCAGCGUUAAGGCAGCCAACAACGAUAUUUAGCCUGAUUUGUAGCAAGUGUGAAGGAUAAUCAGCGGUAUGGUGUUUUGGAAUGUACAGCUUAAAUUGGUUGUCAUGAAGCACCGUUCUGCUGUUGCAGAUACCGUGCACAUGUCUUCACUUUGCGAGGAGCAAAUUGCCAACUCUGGCCAGCCUGCAGGGUCAUCCCGUUGACAUGUGUUGUCUCCUUUUUGGUUGGCAACCCAGCAAUUUGACGAUCAACAUGGGAAAAAACAGUUGAAGCAUGGUAAAACGGAGCUUUGUUCGAUAAUCUAGUAGGGGAAAGAAAAACCCUGGCUACUGGCAUUGCAGAAGCAGCGGGACUUUUUAUGUAUACAUUAGUCAGCUGUAUCGUCACUAGUUUACCCGCAUGUAUAGGUUGUUUGCACAUACAUUUCUUGUGUUUUUGAGCCAUACGUUAGUUUUAGCAACCUGCUGGAAUUCAGUGCCAGGCUAGUCAGUGCAACCUUGAUUGCACAAAAUACCCAUCUUGCCUCCCUUUUCAGUGUUCCCUGCUGUCCCUUAUUUUCUUUGACGUCAUGUUCCCUUAGAUGUGUUCGUUUUGUUAUUCCAUGUGGUUGUUUUUUCCCACUGUACAAGACUUAGAUCCGCCUUCUGGAACGAUUGCUCAAUGAGAUACCGUUUUCAGUUUGCACUGCGUGGCUAAAUUGACCGAUAAAGAAAAGAAAAUCGUUGGGCAAUAGUGCUUCCUGCCUGCGUUAUUCUCACAUUUGCUCCAUCUCCAUCGGUUUCCACAUGAUGGAAGCGUGGCAAUGUCGGGGUGUGCACCACGUAAACUUGCACGCAUUCCUUUUGACAGUUGCAUCACUUGAAAGCAAAAAUGUAGCCAGGCGGUGAUCGUUCCAGAAUACAAACCCCUUUACCAGCACUUGCCGCUGUUAAGCAUUGGUGCACACACAUUUCAUGCAUUCUGUUGAACAAACGGAUUACAUUUAGUUUCGUUUACGCAGAUAGAGUAUGUAGACUACAUUGUGUUCAUUCAAGGUCCCCCCAUUCCCCAAGCUUUUUUCAUUGUUAUUUAGGGGCUGUGUGCAUGUUAUAGCAAUACCCUAGCGAUAUAUUUGUGCUGCUUCCAAAGCGAGUUUGGUCAGUGUUUAUUAAGUGUAUUACGAUGUCUUCCUUUCUUUUUUCUGCUUUUUUUUUCCUUUGGUACUGCUGAAGCAUGCAGUAUUCCCACAUUGCAUUCCAAUUCAUUUGUUUGAAUUGGCCCUGGCUUGCAAGUGAAAGUAGCAACUGCUUGCCUUCUGAGGAGCGGACCUUCUGAGCCAAUAUUGAUUAUAUGUCAGGUUCUUCCAUGCAAGAACUCUUGUGCGAGCACUUUGGACACUCAACGAACGUUUACUGUUUGAAUGUCUGCUCUCAUUUGAGGCAUGGGGGUUUUCAGUUUACCUUCAGGACUGUCGCUUCUACUGUGCGCCACAUUACUAAAUAAGCAGAUGUGGCUUCAUCAAAAGAAGUUGGUGAGUCGGCAUACUCAUUAAUUCGCAUUAUUUUCGUAUCCCCAUGUGGUUGUUGUUGCUGUUAAAGGGAAACUAGGGAACUAUCCUGUUAAGCUGUAUUAGUGAGUUAUGCUCCUACAAUGGAGAAACGGACACUCUUAUUGUGAACAGAGGCUUGGUAAGCCAGAAAAGAUGGAACAACGAAAAGAACCAGUGGCGCUGCCACCUUAAAAAUCUUGCACCUAUUGAUUUUGAUGGCAUCUACGCGGGCCUAGUUAAAAUUAUUUUUUUUUAAAGAAGGACCACAUUGCACUUCAAAUGAGCCAAAGCCUCUACUCAGCAAUUUUCAAGAGCAUUUCCAGCACUUAAACAGUGUUGCUCAUUAGUGCACUUUGAAGGGGCACUUCGGAUAUUUUUUUAGUUGUCCAUGAAGUUAUUGCUCUAGACCUUGCUACCUCCUGUCAUGCGUACGAUAGUUUUUGGUAUUCAGAUCCAGAACUGAUUUCAGAUAAGCAGAAGAAAGAGAAAAACACGAAAUUGUCGGUAGGUGCCGUGUUGCCGAGACGGCUGCUAACAAAGGAUGUUAGUGGCGACAUGAAAGCAGAUGUACGCUGAGGCUCUUACAAGCAAAGGCUCUUCCUCUAAAAAAUGCUUUGCUUUAAUACUAUAAACUUCCCUUCGUUUAACCCCGAUGGUGCAUUGAAAAUUGGCUCAGAUUACCUAGUGCUUAGAUGUAGACGCCUACAAAAAAAUGACAGGUGCCUCUAGAGAGUUUUAAAACAGUGUUGCAGGCAAGCCAAGUUACCUGGUUUAAAAAUAAUGAAACAUGACUAAUUUCACAAUAUGACCUAAUUUUAGGUCUUGCUGGUCAGCUGAACAGGUUGAUGUUGAUUUUGUCUGACUGUCAGAGUUUGCAAGCAGUUGCCGCUUGAGGAACACAUGAGUUGCCUGUUCUGGAGGUUUGCCCCUGGCAGACGGGAGGAUGAAUCUUGCCAACCAUUGAAACAUCCAUCCUGAAGGGGGGGGCAUACAUUCCACUUUAGUCAGCAAUGCAAGCUGUGUCUGUGAUCUUGGUUACAUAAUUUUUAUCUUCCACAUUUUUUCCACGAGUCCUGUCUACUGGAUUCUUUUUGUUUGUUUUAAUGGUAGUUCAAAGCAAUAUAUAACGUUUUGCACACACACAGUUAAUUACCAGCCAUAAUAUAGAAAGCUGAGCGUGGAAGUUGCACCCAUAGCCUGUGCGAGCAAUUGCAGCUGUCCUGCGCUUGCUAUAUUCACUUAGUGGAUUAAGCAAGGGCAAAUCUCUUUUUAUGAAACAAUGUUGAAAGUCCUGAAGUAAACAACUUAGUUUUUAUCAGGACUUAACUUUCACAAAUGGUCUGCAAUUUGCAGAAAGAGUGCCGCGAAUAAUUCACGCUUGCCUCACUAUGCACAUUCAGUCCUUGCCUUAAUUGCAAAAUUUAGACACGUGCAAGUGCCUCUGAAGCACAAGAUUAGGAUGAGAACGUUGAUUUCACAAAUAAUAAGUUGUUCAGUAAGUAAAGAAAAGACGCAGUAAACUGUCCAAGCUGUAUUGUAUUCAGUUUCUCAAGUGUAACGGCAAAUAUUUUUUACAGAAAGGCUGUUUUGAUUGCCUGAAAUGAAACAACACUUGAGCUUGUAACACUGCAUUACACCGCAUUUGAAGUCACUCGUGCUUGCAGGGUGUACGGGUAGAGCGCGCAACUGAGGCAAAAAAAAAAAAAGACAAGUUGCACCGCUCUGCUUUUGUUGAUGAGCUCGCUUUGCCAGCACACUACUAAACAAUGGUUUCUAGUGCAUCAAGGGCUAUGCAUGCGAGUUUUCCGUACUGUGAUGCUUGACUGGCAUGCACAUUUGCCACAACAAAGUGUCUUGAAAAGUUGUCCUCACUGCCGUGCAGCGAGAUGCUGGCUCGGCUUGAAUAAGUGGCCGUGUUGCUCUGCAGUUCUUUGACUGCGCCUGCAGUAUGCACAAGACAAUGACGAGCUAGGCUUUUAUACUCACACAAACGUCUUUUUGGAUAGGAUGUGCGGCAGAGUUUUUUCUUUAAUAAAGAUUUUUUUAACUCAACA